AUGUAUCGAUUCUUAAAUUUUUCCAAUGUGAUAGAGUCAGCCUGUCAGGCUGUGCCGGAGGCUGCACCCGAGGACUCGGCUUUGGUACCGGCUUCUCCUGCGGAGACGGUGGUCGUGGAUCUUGAUGAGGACGAGGAUCAGGAGUACGACUUCAGAGGGGACUCAAGUGAGUCUGGAGCCUCUGCAGCUGGCUCUGUCGCUGGAGAUGAUGAUAUGGACGACAGUGUGCAGGAUCUUGAGGAGUCCUGCGAGGACCCGUUUGGGUUCUUUGAUGCGGCAGCGGCCGAAGCGAACUCGAAGCAGGAUGAGGUGGCUACAAGAGAAGAUGAUAAGCACUGUGAGGUGCCAGGUGAAGAGCCCAGCGCUUCCUCGAGCUCGGAUGCGGCUCCCGAGCUGAAACGGAAGAAGGAGCCGGUCUUCAUCGAUGUGGAGGAUGACUCGGUGACCUGCAGCAGCGGCAACUCUUGUGGCGUGGUGGUUCCUUUCCCGUUGCCAGAAGAUGACACGCAGGUCAUGCCAGGAGAUGAUAUGGAUGCCAUUGCUGAUAAGAUGAAGACGGUGCCUGUGGAUUCGGAUGAGGAGCAAGAGCCACCACUUGUGACUCGGUUUGAAAGUACAGUGACCCGCCGUGACCAGUUGGCUGGGAAGCAAGCAAAGGUUGAUGAGAACGCGAAAGGAAAGGGCAAAAGCCGAGGUGGUCGUGGUGGUCGUGCUGGUGGCCGUGGUCGUGGGCGCCGAGCGACCGCCAGCGACAUGGGUGGGCCCAGCGACGAGGAAGCCAUCUCCAAGGAAGCCAGCGACAUGGGUGGGCCCAACGACAAGGAAGCCAUGGACGAGGAAGCCAGCGACAUGGGGGGGCCCAACGACAAGGAAGCCAUGGACAAGGAAGCCAGCGACAUGGGGGGGGCCAACGACGAGGAAGCCAGCGACAUGGUGGAUUGCAACGAGGAGGAAGCCAUGGACAAGGAAGCCAGUGACAUGGGGGAUGCCAAGGACGAGGAAGAGGACAUGGAGCCGAGCAAGAGUGCAAGUGCUAGCAAGCCAAAGAAGCGCAAGGCUGCACCCAAGUCCGAGCCGAAAGCGGCUCCCAAGAAGCGUGCCGUUCUUAAGAAGCCUGCUGCCAAGAUUGCAAAGAAGGUUAAGGACGAUGCCGAGAGCGAGUUCUAUGAUACUUUCCCGGAUGACCUUGCCAUCAAGCUGGCGGAGCAGCAUUCCGAGGAGGAGCCCGAGGGUGAGCCCCAGGACGCUGUGCCGAAGGUCACCAAAGCAAAGGGGAAGGAGCCUUUGGUGGAGGUGCCUCCCAAGAAGAGGGGCCGCAAGGCGCAGGCUCUUGAGGACCCUGCAGAUGUGAAUCCCAAGAAGAGGGGCCGCAAGGCGCUGGCUCCUGAGGACCCAGAUGUGAAUCCCAAGAAGAGGGGCUGCAUGGCGAAGGCUCCUGAGGACCCAGAUGUGAAGCCCAAGAAGAUGGGCCGCACGGCGAAGGCUCCUCAGGACCCAGAUGUGAAGCCCAAGAAGAGGGGCCGCAUGGACCCAGAUGUGCAGGCAAUGAUCAUGGACGAGUAUGUGCCGGCCACCCAGACCUUUGCCAGGCGCCGCAAGCCGAACCCGUUCCUCUCUGCAGCCAAGUGGUUGUUCAUCCGCAAGAGCUUCGAGCGCUUUGUGGUUCCGGAGCUGGACAGUGGUGCCAAGACGGCGCAGGAGGAGUGCUUAGUUGGGCCGGU